UUGAAGAAGGGAAAACGAAAGCAGAAUGUCACAGUGGACGUGAGGAUGGGACACACUUUGUUUGCUGUGUUGGGCCUUUUCUCGCUGAAUAUUCUCCUCUACUGUGGACACACUCAAGAUGUCCCUCAGCCUGUCCUCACAGUGUCUCCAUCAUGGACGAGUCCUGGAGACUCAGUGACUCUGAACUGCAGUGUUGAACCUCCGUCUGCAGGAUGGAGGUUCUUCUGGUAUAGGGCUGUUCCCAACCUGCCACCCUCCAACUACUCCUACACCUCUGACCUUCUACCUGGUAGCACCACUGGGACUGAACAGGGUUCCUACAUUCUUCAUGGACAGACACACACAGCAGGAUAUGUGUGCAGAGCUGGAAGAGGAGAUCCUGUCAUUUACACUCGGUAUAGUGAUGUGAAGUUUGUCUGGUCUGGAGGUGUGAAUCCAGCAGCGUCUCUCACAGUGAGUCCUCACAGACUGCAGCACUUCAGAACAGAGUCACUGUCACUGGGCUGUGAGGGAACCUCUACUGAGUGGAGAGUGGUGAUGGUUGAUGAAUUUGGUUUCAUGUCAUCCUGUUCUUACUGGGGAGAAAUGACUGGAUCCACAUGCAACACCAGCACUAGAGCGAGUAGUGGAGUGUACUGGUGUGAGUCUGAAACACAGUGCAGUAAUGCAGCCAACAUCACCAUACACUCACGGCCAAAGGCCCAACUGAGUAAAGACUCUCCUGUAGAGGGAAGAAUGACCCUGACCUGCGCUGUGUGGUCAUCAUCAUCAUCAUCAUCUGGAUGGAAGUACUUCUGGUACAAAGACAAGAGAACCUCUGAACCUCUGAAAACAAGAGAUGGUGUUCUCUUCCAGAGUGGAAGCAUCUCUCCUUCUGGUGGAGGAGUCUACUGGUGCCGAGGAGGAAGAGGAGACCCAGUUUACUACACAAAGUACAGCGAUCCAGUUGUCACAAACAGAGCUGUUGUGACUCUGCAACCCGACAGGCCUGAGAUUUACUCUGGAGAGACGAUCACUCUCACAUGUGGAAUAAAGGAUGGAGGAGGCUUUGAGUGGGAGUAUGAAUGGAGAACACCCCACUAUUACACACCUCAGUACACAAGAGGCUCCAUGAUGACAUCAUCAGUCAGAGGAGACUACAGGUGUAAGGGCAGACUGAAAUUUGAAGACUCUACAACAGAAUGGAGUGAUGCUUUAACAUUAAAAACAUCACCCCGACCAAAGGCACAACUGAGCCACGACUCUCAUGUAGAGGGAAGUGUGACCCUGACCUGCUCUGUGGGGUCAUCAUCAUCAUCUGGAUGGAAGUACUUCUGGUACAGAGACAAGAAAACCUCUGAACCUCUGAAAACAAGAGAUGAUUUUCUCCUUCAGAAUAGAAGCAUCUCUCCCUCUGGUGGAGGAGUCUACUGGUGCAGAGGAGGAAGAGGACACCCAGUUUACUACUCAGAGUACAGCCAUCCAGUCGAUGUCCCUCGGCCUGUCCUCAAAGUGUCUCCAUCAUGGCCGAGUCCUGGAAACUCAGUGACUCUGACCUGCAGUGUUGAACCUCCGUCUGCAGAAUGGAGGUUCUUUUGGUAUAAGGCUGUUCCAGAUCAGUUAUUAUCUCCCUACCUCAACUACAACUACUACAGAUAUGAGCUUCUAUCUGGUAGCACCACUGGGACUGAACAGGGUUCCUACAUUCUUCAUGGACAGACACACACAGCCGGAUAUGUGUGCAGAGCUGGAAGAGGAGAUCCUGCGGUAUACACUUGGUAUAGUCGUGUGAAGUUUCUCUGGUCUGGAGGUGACCAGUCUCUUCAUGAUGUCUCUUCAGGUGUGAAUCUAGCAGCGUCUCUCACAGUGAGUCCUCACAGACUGCAGCACUUCAGCACAGAGUCACUGUCACUGAGCUGUGAGGGAACCUCUACUGAGUGGAGAGUGAUGAAGGCUGAUGGAUCUGGCUUCAUGUCAUCCUGUUCUUACUGGGGAGAAAUGACUGGAUCCACAUGCAACACCAGCACUAGAGCGAGUAGUGGAGUGUACUGGUGUGAGUCGGAAACACAGUCCAGCAAUGCAGCCAACAUCACCAUACACAGUGGUGAUGUCAUCCUGGUGAGUCCUGUCCGUCCUGUGACUGAGGGACAUUCGGUCACUCUUGGCUGCAAGUUGAGGACAAAAGAACUUCUUGAUGAUGUGGAUUUCUAUAAAGACGACAAACUCCUCCCAAAUGCUGUCAGAGGGGAGCUGUUUAUCUCUGCAGUUAAUAAGUCACAUGAAGGCUUUUAUGAAUGUAGAGGAAGGAAAUCACCUCAAAGUUUUAAGAGUUUGACCUCAGCAGAGAGCUGGUUGUCAGUGGAAUAUCCUGAAGAAGCAGCAUCAAGCUCUGUGUUUCUCGUGAUGUUGGUUGUUGGUCUGGUUUCUGGAGUUUUGCUGAUUCUUCUCCUGCUGAUGUUUCUGUGUCGCUACAGAAAGUCAAAAGCUUCAAGCCUCAGCAGGUCUCAGAAGACGAAUCAGAAUCAAUCAGAGCCACAAGCUACCAGCAUCCACAUGAUGAACCAGGGUGAAUCUCAAGGUGAUGCUAUUGAAGAAAAUGAACAAGAUGAAUAAAACAUCUGCAUGGACAGAACCAGGGGAACAGAUGAGGACAUGAAAAACCACAACUUUGUCUCUAUGAGUAAUUAUUGUGUGAACUUCUUCUUUUCUGAUAUGAGACAGUCUUUUGUAGUUAAUGAGCAGAUCAUUUAAAAGAAUGUGUUUACUGUACAUUCCGUUUUUUCUCUUCAGUUACUUUGUUUUUUAAAGCUUUUGUAGAAAACGUUGAAUGGAGGCUGGUUUGAAAAGCACAGAAUUGCAUUUUGAGUCAGUACGUUGGUGAUAUUAUUCUAUAUAAAGUAUAACGUUUUUUAUUUCUGAUAAAAAGCUUAAUUAACAUUAACAUUUAUUACACUUUAAAUGAUGUUGAUGAACUCAUUUCUCCAACAAUGUUCAUUUGUAUUUUUAAAAAAGGAUUAACGGGUGCUGUUUGUACUUUAUCUUCACCUGGAUGUGUUUAAGGUUUGAUAAUUUUUGCAGCACAGAGACAGGCCGAUUUUAUUUCACGUAUCCGUCAUUUGGCUUAACUAUUAAGAGUCUCGUCACUGCGACAUUUUUAAUGAGUAGCUGCAUUCCCAAUAAACUA